AUGGAUGAGUCUAAAAAUGCUGCAAAUGCAGCUACAAAUGCAGCAGCCCCUGAUUUUGAUGUGUAUGGUGCCAUGGACUGGAAUGAUGGUGUCGGAACCCUACCUGGGAGUGAGCUGAAGGUACACAUCACCACAAUAGCUGAAAAGGUUCAAUGUUGCCAUAUAUAUAAUUAUUUUUUGCUUGUGUUAUACCUUUCAGAAUAAGGACACAUUAUAAUGAAAUUGAAUGAUCCAUUUGUGUAAUGACAAAUGCAAUGUAAUAUAUAAUUGUACAAAUCAUAAAUUGUAUAAAUCAUAAUUAGGACCAAGGACUUUUUCCUGACUAGGUCACAUGGCGCUAAUCAUAGUAUUGAUCUAAAUAUGCAGUAUGUCCUCACUCCUCACAUAUACAGUGUUUUCAGAAAGUAUUCAUACCUCUUGACUUUUUCCGCAUUUUGUUGUGUUACAGCCUGAAUUUAAAAUGGGAUUAAAUUGAGAUUUUGUGUCACUGGCCUACGCACAAUACCCCACAAUGCCAAAGUGGAAUUAUGUUUUUAGAAAUGUUGACAAAUUAAUUAAAAAUGAAAAGCUAAAAUGUCUUGAGUCAAUAAGUAUUCAAGAGAGGUUUUCCAAUGCCUUGCAAAGAAGGGCACCUAUUGGUAGAUGAGUAAGCACAGGCGAUAUCCUAGAGGAAAACCUGGUUCAGUCCGCUUUCCAACAGACACUGGGAGACAAAUUCACAUUUCAGCAGGACUAACCUAAAACACAAGGCCAAAUAUACACUAAAGUUGCUUACCAAGACAACAUUGAAUGUUCCUAAGUGGCCUAGUUACAGUUUUGACUUAAAUCGGCUUGAAAAUCUAUGGCAAGACUUGAAAAUAGCCGUCUAGCAAUGAUCAACAACCAACUUGACAGAGCUUGAAGAAUUUUUAAAAGAAUAAUAUGCAACUAUUGUACAAUCCAGGUAUGCAAAGCUCUUAGAGACUUACCCAGAAAGACUCACAGAUGUAAUCGCUGCCAAAGAUGAUUCUAACAUGUAUUGACUCAGGGGUGUGAAUACUUAUGUAAAUGAGAUAUUUCUGUAUUUCAUUUUCAAUAAAUGUGGCAAAAAUUUUUUUUUACAUGUUUUCACUUUGUCAUUAUGGGGUACUGUGUGUAGAUGGGUGAGAGAAAAACAUCAAUUUAAUCCAUUUUGAAUGUGUGUGUUAUGUUUAUUAGUUUAAGGUGAAUGAGUUUGGAGUCUUGGAGGUCCUAACAGAGGAGGGAGAAGAUGAGAGUGUGAAGAAAGCUCAUGCCACCAUUACAUGGGCAGUGCCCACUGCUCAGGAGGGUAAGAUGGCAUGGUUCAAUGUCCACAACUUUUAGAUGCUCCUGGAAGGGAUAUAUUUGCGAGAUGUAAGCAUACAUAUGUACUAUGUUUGUAUCCCCAUUGGGGUCUGAGAUGCAUCUGAUCCGGUGGGAUGUGCAUAUAUUUUCUAUUUCUCUUUCAAGUAGGCAUGUUUAACUGAAGGUUUUCACUAGCUUAUCACAUACCAUGCAUACAGUCUUUAAGAAGCUGCUGUAGAGGUGGCUUUGUUUUUACGUUUCAUGACAUAAUUAUAUUGUCUAUAACGGCUAUUUACAAAACUAGAUAAUUACCCAUCAUGUAACUGUGCUGUCUGAAAUAGGAUUAAAUUUUUUUUACAUUUUAGUAGACACUCUUAUCCAGAGCGACUUACAGGAGCAAUUAGGGUUAAGUGCCUUGCUCAAGGGCACAUCGACAUAUUUUUUCACCUAGUCAGCUCGGGGAUUAGAACCAGCAACCUUUCGGUUACUGGCACAAUGCUCUUAACCACUAAGCUACCUGCCGCCCCAUUUAACGUUAGCAGUUUAGGAUACCUUUGAUAUACAAGACAUUUGCAUUUUCCAUAAUUGUCAUAAUUGUGUCUAACCUUCUAGGCAUGAGAGUCAGUCGAAUUGAGCUCAGCAAAGCUAAGCAGAAAAUGGUGAAUCGUGAUCAUUAAAAGGGGUCAGCUGUCUAUCUAUUUGAGCAUUUCUGAUUAUCUCCAAAUAAGGCUUUCAAUUUGAGUCUCAGGCUAGAUAGUGGCUAUGUUGCUGUUGUUUUUUAAUCAAACAGGGAAUGCAUGGGAACCUUUUAUGUUAUCCCAUUGCUCUGUUGUUAUUGACCCUGAACUUAGAAAUGAUGAAUUAGCCACACAGGAGAUGGGUGAGGAUGACUGUGACUCUCUUUUCCUCCCCCCCUCUCUCUCUCCUUCCCCAGCCCUCUCAGACAGUGCGGCGGUGGCGGUGAAAGUGAAAGAGGAGAUGCAGGAGGGGCAGUGGGCCCAGAGAGGCCUGGUAUGUGUGCGCUGCCAGAGGAAGGGCUCCCCCGUGGACUUCCUGUCUGAUGGCCUCCACUGCAGCGAGCGCUGUCUGCAGCAGGACCAGCAGGAGUGAGUGGCCUGGGGAGUGGCCUGGGGAGUGGCCUGGGGAGUGGCCUGGGGAGUGGCCUGGGGAGUGGGGAGGACUAGGGUUUCAUUAGUAUCCAGGGCGUCAGCUCUGGUCUGGUUUUAACUGCAUUUUCUAUAUUUAUAUCCACAACAACUAUAAACAUAUUUCAUAUGCUUAAGAAAAUCAAUAAGUCUACCUCAUAAACAUUUAUUUGGCCAGCCAUCCUAUGCAGGGUGGAAGCCAGGAAUAAUGUAUCAGUUAGUUAAUGGAAAGACUGGCGGUGAUGCUAGUGCAUGCUCUGAGCUGGAGAGAGAGAGAGAGAGCCGGUGCUGCCGAGGGCCCCAUGUAUCCAUUGUCUUAUAGGGGAGAAGCUGCCAACAGAACGUUGCACCUUAAAGUGGUAUUCCUUCUGUGGAUUUACUACUGCCAUGGCAACAGAGAAGAGAAAGACAGACUAUACAUCCUGUAAUGAACAGUUAAUCAUAUUUAAUUUGAAAAAAAUGGAGUUAGAUUGUAAUUUUUGUUUGAUUUUGACCAUAUUUAUAGCUGCCGAUGAUGAUAAGAUUAUUCAUAGGCAGCCCUGUCACCUUGAAUAAGUCAAUGUAGGAGUAAUGCGUUAUGAAUAUGAAAUACACGGUGUGGUCCCCCUUAAAAUGUUUGACUUGAAAAUCUAUGUAUUUAUUCAAUCUAAUAAUAUCCUAGUAACACAAUCAGUUUUGUUUUCUGCCCAGCACCUAAUUAGUGCAUUUCUUUGUUUCUUUUUUUUUGCCAUGAAUGAAGACUGUUUUAGCAUAAAUGUUUCAUGCUGGUAAUGCUUUAGAUAUUUUGCAGUUCAGCUAUUACUGAAACUAUAGUUUAUUAGAAUGGUCAUCCUUUUUGCACAACCCUUUACUCUACAUAUUCUUUCCACUGCAGUGAGCUGAUGCUGAAGAAAGAGGUUUUGAAGAGUAAUGGGGAGGUGGUGGGGGUCAGCCGUAAGAGGCCUCUGCAGCAGGACAAGGAGAGCCUAGCUGACAAGAUGGACACCACAGAGGUCCCGCCUGAGGACGAUGAUGAGGACUAUGUUAGUAUUAGUUUAUACGCCAAGGAGUUUUUGUAACGAAUGUUGUUAUCCUGAUUUUUUUUUUUACUUUUACAGACAUUGUGUACGUACUGAAUUAUACAUAACUGUUGACAUCUUAAGUUAUUUACUGUUAUUUCUCGAUAUUUCAUCACAUUUUGUAGAUAUUGCUUAUUUGAUAUAUAUAGUAUAGAGCCUCAAGUCUGUAAAUCUUUUGGCAUCACUCCAGAUUGCACAAGAUUGUGAGGGAUGACGCAUUAGCCUUGCAUGCCUUUCCUGCUGAGGUGUCGUAACUCGUACUAAAUUAAUGCCUCACAGAACGUGCUGUGACCCGACUGGUGUAGAUAACUCUCGGCUAAUCUCUGAUUUAUCAUUAUUGUUUCAAAAUGGAAACCUUUUAAUGUAAACACAAAUUCAGAAUGUUUCCCAUACUACCUCAUAAACACUGUCCUCAUUGCCUACGCCAAAAUAUCACAUUGCUCUAAUCUAUACUGUAUGUGUGAGUACAGUGCAUUCGGAAAGUAUUCAGACCCCAUUGACUUUUUCCACAUUUUUGUUACGUUACAGCCUUAUUCUAAAAUGGAUUCAAUAGUUUUUUCCCCAUCAUCAAUCUACACACAAUACCCCAUAAUGAAAAAGCCAAAACAGGUUUUUAGAAAUCACAUUUUUAAAUAUCACAUUUACAUAUAUAUUCUUAGUCUUCUUAAAAUGUUCCUGCAUAUUCUAGUGUUCUAGUGUGUAAAGCCUCCUGUGUGUGCAUCAAACAGGAGGAGAAAGAUAGCAGGAAGACGACGCGUGGAGCUCCGCGAGGCAGGAGGAAACGGAGGGGGGAUGCAGCCCUCCUGAGACACAGUGAGUAGAAACAUGCAGUGGGAGGGACACCAAUGAGGGGCCAUUGCUCAUUUUCACAAUCUUUUCACAAUUUCCCAAUCACCAUAUUGAUAUAAUCACUGCCAUUUGCACAUACACACAGACUAACUCAAUGUGUUGCAAUGUAAUGUUGUGUAUUGCUUUUUACACAAUCUAAUGAAUCAUUGUCUCACUAUGGCAGCUGUUCCAUAUGGAGGUAAGAAGAAGUCUUGGUGUUGGGCCUCAUAUCUGGAGCAGGACAAAGCCAUUGCUGCCCCCACUAAACUGUUCAAAGAGGUGAGCUAUCAUACCAUACCAUACCCCUCAGGCCUGUCUAGAUUGGGUUAUUAACUUACAUUUAAACCCUUAUCCUUCUCUGUUUCCUUCUAGUCAUUCUAUUCUUUCGUCUAUUCCUCCUUUACAGCUUGUCAUUCAGGGUUAAGAUUAUAUUUCACAUCAUGUCCUACAUUUUUUCCUGCAUGUUGAGAAUUCAUUUAUUCAACUCAUUAACCACGUAUUAUUCUUUGCCUACAAAAACUGUUAAAGGUGCACUAUGCAGAAAUCGCUCCACCAUUUCCUGGUUGCUAAAAUUCUAAUAGUUUGCCUAAUUUCAGUUUAUGUGACAAAACAAGCAAGUAUAGUGUAGAGAAUCAUUGUACCAUCUAAACCGCUGUGCAAUAUAUUUUCCAUAGCCAAAAAUAUUGUACUUUAAUCUGUUUGAAGCUGGUGUACAAAACCGGAAGUAAAAGACGCAAAAAACAAAACCUAAGCAAGGGAAGCAUAGAAAUAGCGCACAUAGAACAGAUCAACAGCUUCUUAUACUUGCUUUCAAUGAGAAUUUGUCCAGGUUGCCCAAAAAGUUGCAUAUUGCAGCUUUAAGUUCAUGAUUAAUUUUUUAAAGUCUGGAAAUAGUCUGGAAAUACAGUGAGGGAAAAAAUUAUUUGAUCCCCUGCUGAUUUUGUAUGUUUGCCCACUGACAAAGAAAUUAUCAGUCUAUAAUUUUAAUGGUAGGUUUAUUUGAACAGUGAGAGACAGAAUAACAACAAAAAAAUCCAGAAAAGCGCAUGUCAAAAAUGUUAUAAAUUGAUUAGCAUUUUAAUGAGGGAAAUAAGUAUUUGACCCCUCUGCAAAACAUGACUUAGUAUUUGGUGGCAAAACCCUUGUUGGCAAUCACAGAGGUCAGACGUUUCUUGUAGUUGGCCACCAGGUUUGCACACAUCUCAGGAGGGAUUUUGUCCCACUCCUCUUUGCAGAUCUUCUCCAAGUCAUUAAGGUUUCGAGGCUGACGUUUGGCAACUCGAACCUUCAACUCCCUCCACAGAUUUUCUAUGGGAUUAAGGUCUGGAGACUGGCUAGGCCACUCCAGGAUCUUAAUGUGCUUCUUCUUGAGCCACUCCUUUGUUGCCUUGGCCGUGUGUUUUGGGUCAUUGUCAUGCUGGAAUACCCAUCCACAACCCAUUUUCAAUGCCAUGGCUGAGGGAAGGAGGUUCUCACCCAAGAUUUGACGGUACAUGGCCCCGUCCAUCGUCCAUUUGAUGCGGUGAAGUUGUCCUGUCCCCUUAGCAGAAAAACACCCCCAAAGCAUAAAGUUUCCACCUCCAUGUUUGACGGUGGGGAUGGUGUUCUUGGGGUCAUAGGCAGCAUUCCUCCUCCUCCAAACACGGCGAGUUGAGUUGAUGCCAAAGAGCUCGAUUUUGGUCUCAUCUGACCACAACACUUUCACCCAGUUCUCCUCUGAAUCAUUCAGAUGUUUAUUGGCAAACUUCAGACAGGCAUGAAUAUGUGCUUUCUUGAGCAGGAGGACCUUGCGGGCGCUGCAGGAUUUCAGUCCUUCACGGCGUAGUGUGUUACCAAUUGUUUUCUUGGUGACUAUGGUCCCAGCUGCCUUGAGAUCAUUGACAAGAUCCUCCCAUGUAGUUCUGGCCUGAUUCCUCACCGUUCUCAUGAUCAUUGCAACUCCACGAGGUGAGAUCUUGCAUGGAGCCCCAGGCCGAGGGAGAUUGACAGUUCUUUUGUGUUUCUUCCAUUUGCGAAUAAUCGCACCAACUGUUGUCACCUUCUCACCAAGCUGCUUGGUGAUGGUCUUGUAGCCCAUUCCAGCCGUGUGUAGGUCUACAAUCUUGUCCCUGACAUUCUUGGAGAGCUCUUUGGUCUUGGCCAUGGUGGAGAGUUUGGAAUCUGAUUGAUUGAUUGCUUCUGUGGACAGGUGUCUUUCAUACAGGUAACAAGCUGAGAUUAGGAGCACUCCCUUUAAGAGUGUGCUCCUAAUCUGAGCUCGUUACCUGUAUAAAAGACACCUGGGAGCCAGAAAUCUUUCUGAUUGAGAGGGGGUCAAAUACUUGUUUCCCUCAUUAAAAUGCAAAUCAAUAUAUAACAUUUUUGACAUGCGUUCUUCUGGAUUUUUUUGUUGUUAUUCUGUCUCUCAUUGUUCAAAUAAACUUACCAUUACAAUUAUAGACUGAUCAUUUCUUUGUCAGUGGGCAAACUUACAAAAUCAGCAGGGGAUCAAAUCCUUUUUUCCCUCACUGUAUGUAUUUUAAAUGAAUGAUGUCACAUUUUCAUUUCAGCACCAGGCCUUCCCCCAGAGUAAGAAUGGAUUCCGGGUGGGGAUGAGGCUAGAGGGAGUGGACCCAGAGCACCCCUCCAUGUACUGUGUGCUCACUGUAGCUGAGGUAACCUCUCACCUCGACUCAUCAUCGCUGCCCUCUCAGGGGAGUCAAAACUCAUGUCAUGGAUAUCUUCAGCUUUGGGAAGAUCUGAAGCAAAGUCUGCAUUGUCAUUGUUCUUGUUCCAGUGCAUAGCAGUAGUUGUGAUCACUUAUGUCUUUCUAUGCAAUGGCAUUAGCAAAUUACAGUAUUUAUAAGACCAUAAAUGCUCUUUUGGUACUUUAAAUUAUGUCUACUUCUCUAUGUUGGCAUCAUGUGCGCGUCUGGUCAGUAGGCUACUACUUAAUGAAUCUCUUGAAUAGCAAACACAGGAUGACCAUGUUAUGUAUAAAGAUGCUUAAUGCUUCUUCCAUGUUUAGGUUUCAGGACACAGAAUACGGCUUCACUUUGACAAGUACUCAGACUACUAUGACUUCUGGGUGAAUUCCAACUCUGCAGACAUUCACCCUGUGGGAUGGUGUGAGAAAACAGGACACAAGCUUCACCCCCCCAAAGGUAAGAGACAUGCUACCUUUGACAGAUAUCCACCUGGAAAAGCUAAUAACAUAUACAGUAUUGGACAUUUUGGAUGGGAUAUUUUCAACUGUUACUGUAGUACUCCCUCAUCUUCUCAUUUGUGUUUCCUUUAUACUGUAUUGCUGACUAGUUUUGUUUCCUAUGUGAGACUAGUCAUAUAGGGAUGGUUACAGCGGGCAUACUUGGCAAUUAAUUUGUUAUGCCUUGUGCAAGCAGGUUACCUAUGGCAACAGGAAAACAAUGUAUUUUAUUUUAAGUAACUAUUUUGAAAACAGAAAGGACACAAAGAUAUCAUUUCUAUUAAUUUUAUGCAUGAAUACUAGCAUACUUGAAAUUGAACCAGGGAUAUUUGAUAGAGUCAAAUUAUCCAAAUUACCCCCCCCCCCCCAACCCCUCCCUCCCCACUAUGGAUGGACAGGUAUAAAGGAUGAGGAGUUCAGCUGGUCGUCGUACAUCAAGCUGAGCAAAGCCCAGGCAGCUCCCAAGGCCCUGUUUGAGAAUCAGAACAUGGUAAGAGCAGCCUACAGACCUAAUUCAGGCCGGGGACACACUCAGAUGCAUAAACUCAGAUGAAAUCGUAUAUGACAUACAUCAUUGUCUGUUUUUGUCCGUCAAAAGUAAAACUCAAGUCAACUAUUUUAGGACGAGUUUGGACGAGUUGCAUCCAUCAAAAGACAGACUGUUUGUGCGUUUUUUACUCAGACAAUCAAUUCUAUCGGCAACUGUUGACUUCCAUUGGCUCCAUCCGCAAUUCUCUGACACAAAAUCCCAGUGUGUCCAAGGCCUUAUGGAUCGCUUUCAUAUUGCUUUGAUACUAGUGUUUUACCACUAGGUGGAACUGUUUAGUUUAGUUAGACUUCAUGCCCAGUUUUACACCUCCUUCAUUGAAGUACAAUACUUGACAUCAACCCAUUCAACAUAGAUAUGAAGUAGAUUCACGAGCAGUUUAAAGGCUAUAAUAUAAGUAGGUUCAUGGUUGAACCAAAUGUGAGCUUUUGUCUCUGAGUAACUGUCCUAUUUUUAUUUUCCAGACUGUCACUCCUUUAGGAUUCAGAAUUGGGAUGAAGCUGGAGGCCAUUGACAAGAAGAACCCCUCCUUCAUCUGUGUUGCCACAGUAACAGACAUGGUGGACAGUCGAUUCCUGGUGCACUUUGAUAACUGGGAUGAGAGCUACGACUUCUGGUAAUGUCUAACUUUGUUAUUACAUUUCCUUCAACUCCUUACAAUCAAUCAAUCAAUAAAAAUGUAUUUAUAAAGCCCUUUUUACAUCAGCAGAUGUCACAAAGUGCUAUACAGAAACCCAGCCUAAAACCCCAAACAGCAAGCAAUGCAGAUGUAGAAGCACGGUGGCUAGGAAAAACUCCCUAGAAAGGCAGAAACCUAGGAAGAAACCUAGAGAGGAACCAGGCUCUGAGGGGUCCCCUUCUGGCUGUGCCGGGUGGAGAUUAUAACAGUACAUGGCCAUUAAGGCCAGAUUUUUCUCCAAGAUGUUCAAACAUUCAUAGAUGAUCAGCAGGGUCAAAUAAUAAUCACAGUGGUUGUAGAGGUUGCAACAGGUCAGUACAUCAGGAGUAAACGUCACUUGGCUUUUCAUAGCCGGGCAUUUAGAGGUUGAAAUAGCAGGUGUGGUAGAGAGAGAGAGUUGAAAACAGCAGGUCUGGGACAAGGUAGCACGUCCGGUGAACAGGUCAGGGUUCCAUAUGCACAGGCAGAAGAGUGGAAACUGGAGCAGCAGCACGAACAGGUGGACUGGGGACAGCAAGGAGUCAUCAGGCCAGGUAGUCCUGAGGCAUGGUCCUAGGGCUCAGGUCCUCCGGGAUGGGAGGGAGAGAGAGAGAAUUAGAGGGAGCAUACUUAAAUUCACGCAGGACACUGGAUAAGGCAGGAUAAUAACACCAGAUAUAACAGACUGACCCUAGCCCUUUCCUAACAUUUCCUUACAAUAUUUCAGUAUUCAAAAUCAAAGCAGUGAUUUGUGUUUACUGAUGCCAUAUCUUAGUCAUAUUGCUUUGGAGGCUGUGUUGGUUCUUUCUUGUUGCAGAAUUGGGCACUAGAUAGUGCUAGAUUUAUUACAACAGAAUGUUUGUGUCUGGGAGGAGAAAAGCAUUGCUUCUUACCAGAGUGUUUGUUAUUAAUAUUUUACACAAGCAAACAAGCUACAUUACUUGUGUAAUACAUUUUAAGUACUGUAUGAAUCGGCUGUACCAUUAAUUAUUAUUUUGACACAAGCACGCACAUCACUUUCCUCACAAUUCUCUAGUCUUCCUUUUCCCCCCUCAAUUGUCAUCCCUCAACCCUUGUUGAUUUUCACCUUUGUUUGGCUUUUUCUGACUGAGAAUUGCAUGUGUCGUUACUGUCAUUUCGUGCCCACUCUAAGCCCUCCCAGCUGUGGAUUUAGGCUGCCAGGAGGAAGUCCUAGUCUGCACGAUACAAGAGCUUGUAUUGGAUGAAUUAUGGAUGAUCAUCAAUAAAUGUCAAGGAGGAGAGAGUAGAGCCUGGAGCGGCUAAGGGACGAGCAGAUUCACCCAGGGAGAUGACACUCUCACACAUGUUUUCACUACAGCUCACGUCAGCCAGUCACAGGCCCUACAACGUCACAGCUCUGGGCCAAAGAGCCGGUAAACCACUCCACUGUGCUCCGCUUCACACUGGCCUGGCCAGAGAGAAGGACACUAGGAAUCUAUGUUAUCCCUUAAACAAGCUUGCUGUAACAACACUGACCACUGAGGUGGAAACAAUGACAAUCCUCAAAUGAGAUUAUUCCACUGUUCUGUCACACUGGCACAACCUAACAGGGAUUGGUUUAGAAACAGUAUGUUGAGUCCAUGGUGAAAUAGUAAACCGUUUGAGAUAUUUCAGUAACAGCUGUCUUAUAACCUUUUGGCCAAGUAAGGAGGAUUGCAAUAUACUGACCAGAUAAGCAAGCCCCUUGCAAUUUAUCCAGCAAUGCUUAUACAUUGACAGCAUCAUAAUAGUAUUACUACCUACAAUCUACUCGUCAAUGGUGUGCCGUCCAUCAUUCAGUGACAGAUAUAUGUUGUCCUACUGAUGUUUGUCAUGGAGAGAGGGAUUCGUGGGAAGCUGUGAGUGAAGUAUCCUUUCUCGCCCUGAGGUAGCUUAGUGGUUAAGAGCGUUGUGCCGGUAACCGAAAGGUCGCUGGUUCUAAUCCCCGAGCCGACUAGGUGAAAAAUCUGUCGAUGUGUCCUUGAGCAAGGCACUUAACCCUAAUUGCUCCUGUAAGUUGCUCUGGAUAAGAGCGUCUGCUAAAUGACCAAAAAAUUAUAAUAAUCAUGGUUAGCUGCACGGGUUAAUCACUCAGAAAUAAGGUGGCUGACACCACAGUGGCUCAGAGUCUGUCACAAUGUCAGUUGAUCUAUCCCAAUAUCCUCAUGCUUACUCCUAAACAUUAUCCCUAUUAAAUAACCCAUAACCGUUUAUGGGGAGUUCAUGUCAUAACCGUUUAUAGGGAAGAGGAGGAAUAUAUACUAAGAAAUGGGAAAUCUGACAUUGUUGAGAAGAUGGCAUUUUUUUUACCACUGUCCUUCUCCUGCUCCUCUGUAGGUGUGAUGCAACCAGUCCAUACAUCCAUCCAGUGGGCUGGUGUCAAGACAACGACAGGAUUCUCACCAAGCCUCCAGGUGAGAUACUAACUCAAUAUUUAUCCUGUAGAUGCCAGGAUAUCACAAAUGUGUAAUGAUGAUUGACCAUACAGUUCUGAAAGUAAAGAACAACGCAUGGAAAGUUUCCAAACAGAUGAUCUCCUGUGUGUUGGUAGAGCAAGGCACUUGCAACACCAGGGUUGUGGGUUUGAUUCCCACAGGGGACCAGUACAAAAAAGUAUGAAAAUGUAUGCACUCACUACUGUAAGUCACUCUGGAUAAGAGCAUCUGCUAAAUGACUGAAUCUGAUCUGUAAAUUAUGUUAUUCCACUGUGGAGAAGACCAAUGGUUUGGAAUGACAGAAGCACAAGGGACUUUACCCGCCCACACCGAUAAUACAGCAUAUGUAGUCAUGCUCAAUCUUUUUCAUUAUUCUUUUAUGUAGGUUACCCCAAUGUCAAGAAUUUCUCCUGGGAAAAGUAUCUGGAGGAGACCAACUCGUCACCGGCUCCAGCCAGGGCUUUUAAAGUGGUGAGGCUUUCUAUCUCUCUGUCCUCGGCACGUAAAACGAUGUGGCAGCCCCACAUCCACAUUCCAACACAAUUUACUGGAGUAGCCUAGCUGGCUGUCUGCUGCAGAGUGUGCAUAUGACAUGCUGCCUAAAGGCACACGCACAUCGCAUCGAAUGUGGAAGUAGCGUUCGUCUGCCGAUCGUCAGCAAGCAGUGUUUUAAGGACCACCCGCUGUAGAGGUCUGACUGCUGGCAUUUUUCACGCGAUUCUACAUGUAAAAUCAGCGCACACUUCGCCAAUUAUGUUCGCCAAUUAUGUUCAGAGGUGCUAAGUGCUCUCGGCCAGCAAACACUAUUGCUGUGUCUGAGCCCUAACACCCCCCACCCCCCACUCUCCCUUUACAGAAACCCCCCCACAGCUUCCAGCCACUCAUGAAGCUGGAGACGGUGGACAAGAGGAACCCCAUGCUUGUCAGAGUGGCCACCGUGGUGGACACUGAUGACCACAGGAUCCAGGUGAGAACAUAUUUUAAACUCUCUAUCGGUCUAUCUAUCUGACCACUGUGUCUACCAGUAUCUAUCUGCACUCCAGACUGGAGUCAUUCAACAUGACACUGUGACUCAGCUGUCUGUGUCAAUAACUAGGAGUGCUCCCUUCCUCCCUUCCUCCCAUCAUCCAGACAUUCAGAUGUAAGGAUGAGGUUGACCAGGUGUUGUGUGUGUGGUUUAGUUCAGCUUUCCUCACUUAUCUGCACUGUGAAGUGUGUAACUAUUAGACCCUAGAUCUGGAAUAGUAUAAUCCUAGAUUAUAUAAUUAUUAUGGGUAUAAUCUCUGAGUUCUGGUUCACUACAAAUGUCUCUGAAAAAUGUCAAAGAACAACUUAUGUAAUGAAACUCCAGCUUUACGUAGGAAAUUGGGAGAUGAACUCUGUAUGGUGUCCUGUGGGAGAAAUGUGCUGAUUUACUGUACUAGGAAUACAUAUACAAAUGAUUCAGGACCUCACCAUUGUCCAUCUAUUCCAGUACAUCAAAUUACCAUCUACCUGACUCUCUCCCAUAGACCAUUUUCAGGAGAGCUAUGAGCUUCAUGCUCUUUGAACUCUGAAGUGAACAGUAGGUCAGUGUCAGAGUCGGUGGACAGCUGCCUGUGGGGGAGUGGGGGGGGGGGGGGGGGGGGGGGGGGGGGGGGGGGGUAUUCUCUCUUCUGUGCUGCCCUCCAACCCUACAGUAUGUGCAUACCUCUCCCUCUGCCCUACAUAUGCCUAUACUGUUCAGUCAUCUCAGUCUAAACCCUUCUGUCCAUGGAGCAAAAAUAGCCCUAGAUAGCAUAGCUCUAUUCUAUACAGUCCCUCCGGUUUCUAAACUCGUACUCCUUCAGCUUAGCUUUGGUUUCUCUACUUUCACUUGUCACUUUAUAUACAAGGCUUUAGAUUUGAUCUUGAACUGAACUCUUAUCUUCUCUCAUUCAUUCCAAGACUGUUUUCUGAAGCUCUAUCCAUCCCCCACCACCAUCACUCUCACCACUCACACAGGAACCAACACUACAUACAUUUCAUGCUCUCAUUGUCCUUCAACCAUCACAUACAUUCUCUUGCUGUUUCCCCAUCUUCAGUUCCUUUGUACCAGCACAUGCUUCAUAUUUCAUGUUGUCUUCAACUGAAAUAAUAACAAUCGUUUUUAGCCAGGCAGGGAAGCAGGCUGUAUACUAGGAGGGUCUGUCUUCCCACAACUCCCUGGUGUGCUCCUGUCUCCUCUUGUUUGCCCCACACUGUGAAGCACACUCUCAUUGUCAGGAGUGUGAAUAAGAACUGAGGAUGUAAGAUAGUUAUCAACUAUGCUGUGUGUCGGCCUCCCACAGAUAACAGAGCUAGCCUCAUCCAGCUGUAAGGGCAGUGCCAGGGGCUUCAGUCUGAGACAAUGCUUGUCAGGUAGAUUGGCACAAUCAGUAGUUCAGCUUCUUAUCUCCAAGAUAUGUCCUUAUCAUUCUACCAUGAUUUUGACUUUUGAACAUGACUUUUCCCCACAUUUCUAUAUUUAACAUAUGUGGUUGGACUCUACUGUAACUGUUUGUCCUUGCUGUGUGUAUUCCUCUAGAUCCAUUUUGAUGGCUGGACGGAUGAGUAUGACUACUGGGUGGACACAGACAGUCCAGACAUCCACCCUGCUGGCUGGUGUGCUAAGACUGGCCACCCCCUCCAGCCCCCGAUCAGUGAGUGGCUUUGACUCAUCCUAAUCAAUUAAUGUCCAGCUCCCUGCCUCAGUUCCAGACAUAAGGUUCCUAGCAGACACACGUAGAGCCAGGCCUCAAUGGAUGCUGCUAUUUCUUAUCCCAUUCAAUCGUAAAUAGUGUAAUAUGCUUUUCCCUGAAAAGACGGUUCCAUCUCUGCGUUGAUUUAAUCUGAUCUGCCGUCAUUAUAUUGAAGGAGUAGUGGAAGGAAGCCUUGUUUGUGAAAAGAGCAAAUUAUUCAAAAUGACUCAGUAUGUUUGAUGGCUCAUGAGUCCUGGCUCUCUCUGUGGUCAAUAUCCUGUAUUUUACCCUGAGGAUGCUGGGAGCUGAACAAUGAACUUCCCUCUGGCUCCCCUUCCACUUACUAAUAAUUUCUCCCUGUGUAGUGGUGUCCAUGGAAACGUGGAGUGAGGAGUUGUGAUUAGAGUGCAGCUGAUGCUGCCGUUAGGUUUCAGAGUACAGAGCUGGGUUCUCAGAGAGAGAGAGAGAGCUACAUUUUUACAUUUACGUCAUUUAGCAGACGCUCUUAUCCAGAGCGACUUACAAAUAGGUGCAUUCACCUUAUAGCCAGUGGGAUAACCACUUUACAAUAUGUUUUUUAUUUUUUAUUUUUUAUUUUUUAUUUUUUUCUUUGGGGUGGGGUAAGGGGGGGUAGAAGGAUUACUUUAUCCUAUCCCAGGUAUGCCUUAAAGAGGUGGGGUUUCAAGUGUCUCCGGAAGGUGGUGAGUGACUCCGCUGUCCUGGCGUUGUGGGGGAGCUUGUUCCACCAUUGGGGUGCCAGAGCAGUGAAAGGUUUUGACUGGGCUGAGCGGGAACUGUGCUUCCGUAGAGGUAGGGGGGCUAGCAGGCCAGAGGUGGAUGAACGCAAUGCCCUCGUUUGGGUGUAGGGACUGAUGAGAGACUGAAGGUACGGAGGUGCCGUUCCCCUCACAGCUCCGUAGGCAAGCACCAUGGUCUUAUAGCAGAUGCGAGCUUCAACUGGAAGCCAGUGGAGUGUGCGGAGGAGCGGGGUGACGUGAGAGAACUUGGGAAGGUUGAACACCAGACGGGCUGCGGCAUUCUGGAUGAGUUGUAAGGGUUUAAUGGCACAGGCAGGGAGCACAGCCAACAGCGAGUUGCAGUAAUCCAGACGGGAGAUGACAAGUGCCUGGAUUAGGACCAUGUUCCGCUUCCUGUGUAAGGCAGGGUCGUACUCUCCGAAUGUUGUAGAGCAUGAACCUACAGGAUCGGGUCACCGCCUUGAUGUUAGCGGAGAACGACAGGGUGUUGUCCAGGGUCACGCCAAGGCUCUUUGCACUCUGGGAGGAGGACACAACGGAGUUGUCAACCGUGAUGGCGAGAUCAUGGAAGGGGCAGUCCUUCCCCGGGAGGAAGAGCAGCUCCGUCUUGCCGAGGUUCAGCUUGUGGUGGUGAUCCGUCAUCCACACUGAUAUGUCUGCCAGACAUGCAGAGAUGCGAUUCGCCACCUGGUUAUCAGAAGGGGGAAAGGAGAAGAUUAGUUGUGUGUCAUCUGCCUAGCAAUGAUAGGAGAGGCCAUGUGAGGAUAUGACAGAGCCAAGUGACUUGGUGUAUAGCGAGAAUAGGAGAGGGCCUAGAACUGAGCCCUGGGGGACACCAGUGGUGAGAGCACGUGGUGCGGAGACAGAUUCUCGCCACGCCACUUGGUAGGAGCGACCGGUCAGGUAGGACGCAAUCCAAGAGUGAGCCACGCCGGAGAUGCCCAACUCGGAGAGGGUGGAGAGGGUGGAGAGGAGGAUCUGAUAGUUCACAGUAUCAAAGGCAGCAGACAGGUCUAGAAGGACAAGAGCGGAGGAGAGAGAGCUAGCUUUAGCAGUGCGGAGAGCCUCCGUGACACAGAGAAGCGCAGUUAAAUGACCAGUCUUGAAACCUGACUGGUUUGGAUCAAGAAGGUCAUUCUGAGAGAGAUAGCAAGAGAGUUGGCUAAAGACGGCACGCUCAAGAGUUUUGGAGAGAAAAGAAAGAAGGGAUUCUGGUCUGUAGUUGUUGACAUCGGAGGGAUCGAGUGUAGGUUUUUUGAGAAGGGGUGCAACUCUCGCUCUCUUGAAGACGGAAGGGACAUAGCCAGCGGUCAAGGAUGAGUUGAUGAGCGAGGUGAGGUAAGGGAGAAGGUCACCGGAGAUGGUCUGGAGAAGAGAGGAGGGGAUAGGGUCAAGUGGGCAGGUUGUUGGGCGGAUUCAGCAGGGAGGAGAAGGUGGCAAAGAGCUUCCUAGGGUUAGAGGCAGAUGCUUGGAAUUUAGAGUGGUAGAAAGUGGCUUUAGCAGCAGAAACAGAGGAAGAAAAUGUAGAGAGGUGGGAGUGAAAAGAUGCCAGGUCCGCAGGGAGUCUAGUUUUCCUCUAUAGCCCUGUUCUGUGAGCUCGCAAUGAGUCGUCAAGCCACGGAGCAGGAGGGGAGGACCGAGCCGGCCGGGAGGAUAGGGGACAUAGAGAGUCAAAGGAUGCAGAAAGGGAGGAGAGGAGGGUUGAGGAGGCAGAAUCAGGAGAUUGGAGGGAGAAGGAUUGAGCGGAGGGAAGAGAUGGUAGGAUGGAAGAGGAGAGAGUAGCGGGAGAGAGAGAGCGAAGGUUGCGACGGCACAUUACCAUCUGAGUAGGGGCAGAGUGAGUAGUGUUGGAGGAGAGCGAGAGAGAAAAGGAUACAAAGUAGUGGUCGGAGACAUGGAGGGGAGUUGCAGUGAGAUUAGUAGAAGAACAGCAUCUAGUAAAGAUGAGGUCAAGCGUAUUGCCUGCCUUGUGAGUAGGGGGGGACGAUGAGAGGGUGAGGUCAAAAGAGGAAAGGAGUGGAAAGAAGGAGGCAGAAAGAAAUUAGUCAAAGGCAGACGUAGGGAGGUUAAAGUCACCCAGAACUGUGAGGGGUGAGCCAUCCUCAGGAAAGGAACUUAUCAAGGCGUCAAGCUCAUUGAUGAACUCUCCAAGGGAACCUGGGGGGCGAUAAAUGCUACUGCUCCACAUGGCAGCUCACUCGUGUCAUAAGGACAGAUCCAGGGAAAUAUCUGCUUUCUCUGUACCUGUAUUGACUCUGAAUAGUACCAACUCCUUGUGAGGUUGACACCAACUCCUUGUGACUGAGGCUAUCCUAAUAUGGACACUGCACAUUAGCAUUACAUUAUUUUAGGAUGGUUCGCCAGAAGUCAUGUAGUGAGUAGUGUAUCACUAGGUAGAUCCGGAUAUAAUAUCUCACCCCCUCUCCUCUCCUCAUCCCCCUCUCCUCAUCCACAGAUCCACAGGAGCUGUUUGAGUCGUCUGAGCAGGGCGGAUGUCCCACCCCAGGGUGUAAAGGUGUGGGCCACAUCAAAGGAGCCCGCUACUCUGGCCACCACAGGUACCCACACACACAGCACUCACUCUGUCUGGCUGGCCAGGCCAUCAAAACUACCAUCCAAUAGAAAUGUCCACUUAUAACCCCAACAGGCUUUAUAUCUCUACAGGCCGGUGAAUGGUUACUUGAUCCACCAGUUACAUGUACUGUAUUAGCCAAUACUGUAGCACAGAGACUCAUAAUGCAAGAGACAGACACCCAAUAUGUUCCUUCUAAAAGUGAAGGUUGGCCUACAACAGCUGUGGUAGGUCCGGAGGUCAGCAAUAUACAGUUGAAGUCGUAGGUUUACAUACACUUAGAUUGGAGUCAUUAAAACUUGUUUUUCAACCACUCCACAAAUGUCUUGUUAACAAACUAUAGUUUUGGCAAGUUGGUUAGGACAUCUACUUUGUGCAUGACACAAGGUGCUGGAGGAAACAGGUACAAAAGUAUCUAUAUCCACAGUAAAAUGAGUCCUAUAUCGACAUAACCUGAAAGGCCACUCAGCAAGGAAGAAGCCACUGCUCCAAAACUGCCACAAAAAAGCCAGACUACGGUUUGCAACUGCACAUGGGGACAAAGAUCGUCGUACUUUUUGGAGAAAUGUCCUCUGGUCUGAUGAAACAAAAAUAGAACUGUUUGGCCAUAAUGACCAUCAUUAUGUUUGGAGGAAAAAGGGGGACGCUUGCAAGCCGAAGAACACCAUCCCAACCGUGAAGCACGGGGGUGGCAGCAUCGUGCUGUGGGGGUGCUUUGCUGCAGGAGGGACUGGUGCACUUGUGCACAAAAUAGAUGCCAUCAUGAGGAAGGAAAAUUAUGUGGAUAUAUUGAAGCAACAUCUCAAGACAUCAGUCAGGAAGUUAAAGCUUGGUCGCAAAUGGGUCUUCCAAAUGGACAAUGACCCCAAGCAUACUUCCAAAGUUGUGGCAAAAUGGCUUAAGGACAACAAAGUCAAGGUAUUGGAGUGACCAUCACAAAGCCCUGACCUCAAUCCUAUAGAAAAUGUGUGGGCAGAACUGAAAAAGCGUGUGCGAGCAAGGAGGCCUACAAACCUGACUCAGUUACACCAGCUCUGUCAGGAGGAAUGGGCCAAAAUUCACCCAACUUAUUGUGGGAAGCUUGUGGAAGGCUACCCGAAACGUUUGACCCAAGUUAAACAAUUUAAAGGCAAUGCUACCAAAUACUAAUUGUGUGUAUGUAAACUUCUGACCCACUGGGAAUGUGAUGAAAAAAUAAAAGCUGAAAUAAAUAAUUCUCUCUACUAUUAUUCUGACAUUUCACAUUCUUAAAAUAAAGUGGUGAUCCUAACUGACCUAAGACAGGGAAUUUUUACUAGGAUUAAAUGUCAGGAAUUGUGAAACUGAGUUUAAAUGUAUUUGGCUAAGGUGUAUGUAAACAUCCGACUUCAACUGUAGGUAGGUAUUGUACAUGGUCCACACGUACCUGAAUGCCCCUGGGGUGAGGCUGUGUAGAGCCUGUAUAAUUGGCUGUGUGGAGCUAGAAGCACAGCCGUGUAAGCACGAGUGUCACUCUCUCCCAUCAGUAUUCAUCACAAUUCUUUCCCUUUUCUCCUGAGAAACCACAUCUCCGUUCUCCAUACAUCCACAUCUGUAUCACCUGGCUUUCUUACAGCAUGUACCCCUCCAGCUGUAGAUCUACUAAUGUGAGCAAAAUAAUAUUUGCAGAAAAGGCAAAAUGACUCUAGUUCUUUAUCCCGACGUUGCGGUGCUGUAUUAUGGAGUUACCGGAGGUCAUGCAUACUGCAGUAGAGUCACUUUUUAAUGAGGACACAGUCCCUUGGUUCAGUAUCUGUAAUGUAAGCUGAUUAACUUGGAGUCUGAGUACAGAAUGUAUCUUAUUAAAAUGUAUCUAUGGAAUGAGAGGUGCUUUAUCAGUGUUUGUUGCCAAACCUGGAAUGUUAAACCGGUAGUAUGACAGCUAGCUACGGACAGAAAUAAUCGGAAAGAGCCCUCAUUAUGCAAAAAAUGUGUGCCAGUGGCCAGGAAAAAUUAGAGAGGGAUUAGAGGAGAAAGAGAGAAACGCGAUCUCUUUCUCGCCUCUCGUCAGUCAGAGUGGUCGCAGUGUGACAGCGAGGCUUACUCAACCAUUUCAAUGCAAAUAUGUUGUUUAUAUAGACCCAUCCCAUUUCCUUUUUAGUGGAGUUAAAGUAUGUUUCCCCCUAAGGUAAUGAGAAGUAGCACAUUACACAGGUGGACGAUGAUAAGGCGUUGUAAAUGAAGAAGCCUCAGUCUGCACACUGCCAUUGGAAUGAAUUACUUCAACCCCAGCGACUCAGAACUCUUUAGGUUGGCUGUAGUGACUAUUGAGUAGGACUAGGAACUGUGUAAACUGUUUUAUGCCAACAUCAAUGUUUGCCCGAUUAGACAGGGAAGAGCGUUUGUGACAUACACUCAGUGUGAGUGAGCUGCCUUAAAAUAUAUAUCUAUCUCUUCUGCUUUGCUUAUAUUAGCUUUUGAUUCUGUCCCCAAGAUCACUGAUGUGUGAAUUCAUAUCCUGUUUUGUUAUUAACAUUUUACAUUUACAUUUUAGUCAUUUAGCAGACGCUCUUAUCCAGAGCGACUUACAGUUAGUGAAUACAUUUUUUUUUUAAAAAAUUUAUACUGGCCCCCCGUGGGAAUCGAACCCACAACCCUGGCGUUGCAAACGCCAUGCUCUAUCAACUGAGCUACAUCCCUGCCGGCCAUUGCCUCCCCUACCCUGGACGACGCUGGGCCAAUUGUGCGCCGCCCAUGAGUCUCCCGGUCGCGGCCGGCUGCGACAGAGCCUGGAUUCGAACCAGGAUCUCUAGUGGCACAGUUAGCACUGCGAUGCAGUGCCUUAGACCACUGCGCCACUCAGGAGACCUAUAACACCUUAUUAAGUUGUAAUUAAGUCCUAUUAUGAAGUUAUUUUUACACUUAAGUCCUUUUUCCUUAAAUCAGUCAUUUGGAAUAAUGUACGUGUUCUGAUUUGCAGUGCGGUGGGAUGCCCAUACUCUGACAUCAACAUCAACAAGGACUCAGUGCUGCCAGACCGUCUGAGUGGUGAGAUGCCAGGAUCAGGAGGACUGGGCCGACCCCGACGGGCAGAACCCAACCCAGAUAUCAACUCAGCUCCAGUUCUCACUGCAGAGUAAGGAACAAUCAGUAACCAAAACAUUGCUCUAACUACAAUAUAUUCUCAGACAGUCUGAGACUGAUAUUGAAGGGGGGGGGGGGGAAUAUAUGAUUCCAGUGUAGGCGUAUUAGAAUGUAGAGUUUGGCUGAGACUAUCAUCGUGUAGCUUUGAAUUUUGCAAUAUAACUUAAUUUCCAAAUUCCUUCAAGCAUUUUAGUGGCUUAACACCAAAAAAAGUGCGAACAGCUCUCAUCUAUUUCUGUCUGAAGUGACUCACAUGUGUAACAGUUCCCCGCCAGCCAUGGCUCUCAUAAUAUGGAUGUGCUGCACAACAUUAAAAACAUUUAUCUCUCUGCCAAUUUCUUAGCAAGCACUUAAUCGCCAACCCAAAUCACCUGGACAAGACUUGCAGGGGCGAAAAGGCUGGCAGCGCGGUGGCGAGUGCCAUGGAGCGGCCAAUCAAGAAACCUGCCGGCACAGAGCCAAAAAGGAGGUGAGUGGCCCUUACAAUACACGUGAAUAGCCCUGCUCUCUCUGGAAUGGCUGUAUUCAAUCUGGUGGUCGGGUGGUGUGUGACUGUGUCAUUACUGCCUGCUGGUCCAGUGUUAGACUGAUAGGAUUGUGAGGACCUGAUGUAGGGCUGUGGCAGUCACAAAAUGUUGUCCGACGGUAAUUGUCAUGCAAAUGACUGCCGGUCUCACGGUAAUUGACUGUUAAUUAACAUAAACAUGUUGAGCAUCUCUGGGCUUCCACUCGUACAAGCUGCUGAUGCGCGCCUUUGGAACAUCUACAUUUAAAAAAGUCAAAUUAAUAAAUGUGAUAUAGCCUAUGCCAUCACAAUUAGAACCAUUCUUUAUUUAGUUGUUAUAGGCCUAUAAACCUGGGAAUGUCUUAGAAAUCAAAACAUAUGGGCUGCAUGAUGCGACUCUAUAUUGAUGAUUUCGAAAAAGUUGCAAAAAAAGGCAUGCGCUCUGAUCCUUGCAAUUCCUGCAGAGAGAGAGAGACAAUUGCAUUGCUGCUCUGCUUGUGUGGCAAGCAAGUCAGGGGAUAUCUAAUCAAUGGAAGUUGGAAUUAAAAUGACAAAAUUAAAAGUGAAAUGAGAAUGAAAGGCUACAACAACCAAAAGCCAACAGGUAGGCUGCUAUUUAGGCUAUAAUCUGAAUGGAGUUGUUGUUAUGUGUAGGUAACUGUAGGAUGGUAAGAAGCGCAGUAACGUUAUGGUUAGCCUCAAUUAGCCUAGUUAGCUAGCUUCUCUCAGUUUGACGCAGUCAAGACAGGUACUAUGUGAUCGGAUGGGACGAUAAAUAACUAGCAAGAAGUUAGUCUAGCGCGAGAUAAGUGGUUGCCGUUUCUCCCUCCGUGGCUGCUCUGGUACUCCGAGCCUCCUGUGUCUUAUUGAAACAUUCACACCGCACGGCCUCCACUUCCUAAUAGCCUACAGUCUGAGUCUGAGUCUGAGUCUGAGUCUGAGUCUGGUCUGUCUCUGUCUCUGUCUCUGUCUCUGUCUCUGUCUCUGUCUCUGUCUCUGUCUCUGUCUCUGUCUCUCUCUCUCUCUCUCUCUCUCUCUCUCUCUCUCUCUCUCUCUCUCUCUCUCUCUCUCUCUGCCCACUGACAAAGAAAUGAUCAGUCUAUAAUUGUUAUUUGAACAGUGAGAGACAGAAUAACAACAAGAAAAUCCAGAAAAGUGCGUUUUUUCUUCUGUUCCACUGAAUGCAAUUUUGAUGUUCUAUUAUGACAUACCCCACAAGACAUGCCACCAGAGGUCUCUUCACAGUCCCCAAAUCCAGAACAGAAUAUGGAAGGUGCACAGUACUACAUACAGUGAGGGAAAAAGGUAUUUGAUCCCCUGCUGAUUUUGUACGUUUGCCCACUGACAAAGAAAUGAUCAGUCUAUAAUUAUAAUGGUAGGUUUAUUUGAACAGUGAGAGACAGAAUAACAACAAAAUAAUCCAGAAAGACGCAUGUCAAAAAUGUAAUAAAUUGAUUUGCAUUUUAGUGAGGGAAAUAAGUAUUUGACCCCCUCUCAAUCAGAAAGAUUUCUGGCUCCUAGGUGUCUUUUAUACAGGUAACGAGCUGAGAUUAGGAGCACACUUAAAGGGAGUGCUCCUAAUCUCAGUUUGUUACCUGUAUAAAAGACACCUGUCCACAGAAGCAAUCAAUCAAUCAGAUUCCAAACUCUCCACCAUGGCCAAGACCAAAGAGCUCUCCAAGGAUGUCAGGGACAAGAUUGUAGACCGACACAAGGCUGGAAUGGGCUACAAGACCAUCGCCAAGCAGCUUGGUGAGAAGGUGACAACAGUUGGUGCGAUUAUUCGCAAAUGGAAGAAACACAAAAUAACUGUCAAUCUCCCUCGGCCUGGGGCUCCAUGCAAGAUCUCACCUCGUGGAGUUGCAAUGAUCAUGAGAACGGUGAGGAAUCAGCCCAGAACUACACGGGAGGAUCUUGUCAAUGAUCUCAAGGCAGCUGGGACCAUAGUCACCAAGAAAACAAUUGGUAACACACUACGCCGUGAAGGACUGAAAUCCUGCAGCGCCCGCAAGUUCACCCUGCUCAAGAAAGCACAUAUACAGGCCCGUCUGAAGUUUGCCAAUGAACAUCUGAAUGAUUCAGAGGAGAACUGGGUGAAAGUGUUGUGGUCAGAUGAGACCAAAAUCGAGCUCUUUGGCAUCAACUCAACUCGCCGUGUUUGGAGGAGGAGGAAUGCUGCCUAUGACCCCAAGAACACCAUCCCCACCGUCAAACAUGGAGGUGGAAACAUUAUGCUUUGGGGGUGUUUUUCUGCUAAGGGGACAGGACAACUUCACCGCAUCAAAGGGACGAUGGACGGGGCCAUGUACCGUCAAAUCUUGGGUGAGAACCUCCUUCCCUCAGCCAGGGCAUUGAAAAUGGGUCGUGGAUGGGUAUUCCAGCAUGACAAUGACCCAAAACACACGGCCAAGGCAACAAAGGAGUUGCUCAAGAAGAAGCACAUUAAGGUCCUGGAGUGGCCUAGCCAGUCUUCAGACAUUAAUCCCAUAGAAAAUCUGUGGAGGGAGCUGAAGGUUCGAGUUGCCAAAUGUCAGCCUCGAAACCUUAAUGACUUGGAGAAGAUCUACAAAGAGGAGUGGGACAAAAUCCCACCUGAGAUGUGUGCAAACCUGGUGGCCAACUACAAGAAACGUCUGACCUCUGUGAUUGCCAACAAGGGUUUUGCCACCAAGUACUAAGUCAUGUUUUGCAGAGGGGUCAAAUACUUAUUUCCCUCAUUAAAAUGCAAAUAUAUUUAUUACAUUUUUGACAUGCGUUUAUUUCUGGAUUUUUUUGUUGUUAUUCUGUCUCUCACUGUUCAAAUAAACCUACCAUUAAAAUUAUAGACUGAUCAUGUCUUUGUCAGUGGGCAAAAUCAGCAGGGGAUCAAAUACUUUUUCCCUCACUGUAUAAGUGUUCCCUCUGCCCCCUUGUCCUUGUGAGUGAUUGUUUUAUGUGAAGAUAAGUGUAGCUCGGUUGAGCUAUCCGUACUUUGUAUUGCCAGGGUUAUUUCUCCCCGUGUGCCUGUAUUGUGUUCCAGUGCGCCUGUAUUACGCCCUGUGCUGUUGACGCUAUCCAGCAUAACUGUGUACUAUGGAAUAAACUCUGUAUUCUGUGAUUUACCCUCCUGCGCCUGACUCCUUCAAAUCACACUCUCACACCAUCCACCAUUUCUUAACAUCUCUCUGGACUUGAAGAAUGUAUCAAAUUACAUUUCUCCGGUUGAUUAAACAGCUUGUCAAGGACCCAGUGAAACAUUAUUACUGUUCCGUGGAAGAAUAACCAAGUACUAAGUAAUGUUUUGCAGAGGGGUCAAAUACUUAUUUCCCUCAUUAAAAUGCAAAUCAAUUUAUAACAUUUUUGACAUGCGUUUUUCUGGAUUUUUUUGUUGUUAUUCUGUCUCUCACUGUUCAAAUAAACCUACCAUUAAAAUUAUAGACUGAUCAUGUCUCUGUCAGUGGGCAAACGUACAAAAUCAGCAGGGGAUCAAAUACUUUUUUCCUCACUGUAUGCAUAUUGGGUCCGGGGCUAUUUCGGAACAGGAGCUUUAACUCCCAUCACAAUUUGUCCUCAUCGUUCAGAUUAUUCAAAUUCAGUCAUUAAGUGUGUAGAAAGUGAUUAGAGGGACAAUAGAGUGCUGAGUACCAGGCCAUUAGCAAGGGACGUUAGCAAGUUUAGUAGGCUACCCAUCAGCGCCAUUAAUUUGCUCAGUUUUAGAUGGGAUUACUGUGACCAAGAGUCACAGGGAAUUUGACUGCAGACAUGACUCGUGACUGCCGGUGUGGUGGUAAUACGGUCACCGUGACAACCCUAACCUGAUGUGCUUUUCAUCAGACAGGUUGUGACUAGAUUCAUUUCUUAUGUUUUGUGAAUGCUGAUUUCCUUAGUCCGAAUUUGGCGUGGGGUGUUGCCCUUUUUAUUAACAUCCUUCAAGUGACCAACACGCAAUUAAGGUGAUUUUUUAAAAAUGUUUUUUUUCUGGACUUAGCACCCCAUUUAUUACCACACAGAGAGAGCCACAGUCAGAGGAGUAUAAUUGAAGAUUGCUGUAAUUACCAAGUCUCUCUACAGCAGCUUCCCUGAGCUUUGUCAAACUGUCAUCUGACUAAUGCCUGCCUAAUCUUGUCCACCAGCCAGCUCUCUCUCCCGGGGACGAGGUUAAUGCCUGCCCUACAAUUACAGUGGCUUGCGAAAGUAUUCACCCCCCAUGGCAUUUUGUUGCCUUACAACCUGGAAUUAAAAUGGGUUUUUGGGGGGUUUGUAUCAUUUGAUUUACACAACUUGCCUACCACUUUGAAGAUGCAAAAUAUUUUUUAUUGUGAAACAAACAAGAAACAAGAAAAAAAAAACAGAACUUGAGCGUGCAUAACUAUUCACCCCCCCUCAAAGUCAAUAAUUUGUAGAGCCACCUUUUGCAGCAAUUACAGCUGCAAGUCUCUUGGGGUAUGUCUCUAUAAGCUUGGCACUGGGAUUUUUUGCCCAUUCUUCAACGCAAAACUGCUCCAGCUCCUUCAAGUUGGAUGGCUUCCACUGGUGUACAACAAUCUGUAAGUCAUACCACAUAUUCUCAAUUGGAUUGAGGUCUGGGCUUUGACUAGGCCAUUCCAAGACAUUUAAAUGUUUUCCCUUAAACCACUCAAGUGUUGCUUUAGCAGUAUGCUUAGGGUCAUUGUCCUGCUGGAAGGUCUCAAAUCUCUGGAAAAGACUGAAACAGGUUUCCCUCAAGAAUUUCCCUGUAUUUAGCGCCAUCCAUCAUUCCUUCAUUCUGACCAGUUUCCCAGUCCCUGCCGAUGAAAAACAUCCCCACAGCAUGAUGCUGCCACCAUGCUUCACUGUGGUGAUGGUGUUCUCGGAGUGAUGAGAGGUAUUGGGUUUGCGCCAGACAUAGCGUUUUCCUUGAUGUCCAAAAAGCUCAAUUCUAGUCUCAUCUGACCAGAGUACCUUCUUCCAUGUUUGGGGAGUCUCCCACAUGCCUUUUGGCGAACACCAAACGUGUUUGCUUAUUCAUUUCUUUAAGCAAUGGUUUUUUUUAAAGUGGUCCUACGGACAGAUGCUCCAAUCUCCGCUGUGGAUCUUUGCAGCUCUUUCAGGGUUAUCUUUGGUCUCUUUGUUGCCUCUCUGAUUAAUGCCCUCCUUGACUGGUCCGUAAGUUUUGGUGGGCGGCCCUCUCUUGGCAUGUUUGUUGUGGUGCCAUAUUCUUUCCAUUUUUAAUAUAAUGGAUUUAAUGGUGCUCCGUGGGAUGUUCAAAGUUUCUGAUAUUUUUUUAUAACCCAACCCUGAUCUGUACUUCUCCACAACUUUGUCCCUGACCUGUUUGGAGAGCUCCUUGAUUUCAAGGUGCAACUUGCUUGGUGGUGCCCCUUGCUUAGUGGUGUUGCAGACUCUGGGGCCUUUCAGAACAGGUGUAUAUAUACUGAGAUCAUGUGACAGAUCAUGUGACACUUAGAUUGCACGAAGGUGGACUUUAUUUAACUAAUUAUGUGACUUCUGAAGGUAAUUGGUUGCACCAGAUCUUGUUUAGGGGCUUCAUAGCAAAGGGGGUGAAUACAUAUGCACCACCACUUUUCCAUUAUUUAUUUAUUUGAAUUUUUUUAAAUAAUAAUUGUUUUCAUUUCAAUUCACCAAUUUGGACUAUUUUGUGUAUGUCCAUUACAUGAAAUCCAAAUAUUACAGGUUGUAAUGCAACAAAAUAGGAAAUACGCCAAGGGGUAUGAAUACCUUUGCAAGGCACUGUACCUUCCUUUCAUUGUGUUUAUGUAAGGCAUACUAGUAGAAGUCUCACCUCAAGCAUACACUACCAAAACCAUCAUGCACUGUUUUCAUCAGAUUUAAAUGAGUCAUGUAUGACAUAAUGCUGUUUCUCUUUUUAUUUAUUUUUUCAAACAAUUAAAUGUCAUUAUGAGCAGGUAUUUACACUAAUAUGCACUCAAUCCCAUUUUACUAUAAAGUUCUACUCCACAUUCAUGUCCCCAGAGAUGUGUUGGCAUUUCAGAUAACUGAUGGAAUAUGUGGGCAGCUUGAUUUGUAUAGGUUAACAUUUGUGAAACUCACCAGACAUCACUUCAAUUCUUUAAAUGUUAAACCUUAUUUGCAUAGAUUAAUUGGUUGUCCAGGGACUGGCACUAAGUUUUCUCUAUUUUAUUCAGUUUGGACCUUCUUUCAGUCCAAUGCACACAACUAUUUCUGCAUACAUACUAUCUCUCCGCUGCAACUUGCCCAUGCCUGCCCCCCCCCCCCCCCCCCCCCCCCCACACACACACACACACACACACACUUCUCCUUCACCCAAAUUCAGAUAGCUGAUGUCCUGAAAGAGCUGCUAAAUCUGGACCCCUACAAAAAGGGCUAGACAAUCUGGACCCUUUCUUUCUAAAAUUAGCCUCCGAAAUUGUCGCAACCCCUAUUACUAGCCUGUUCAACAUCUCUUUCGUAUCGUCUGAGAUACCCAGAGAUUGGAAAGCUGCCGCGGUCAUCCCCCUCUUCAAAGGGGGUGACACUCUAGAUCCAAACUGUUACAGACCUAUAUCCAUUCUUCCCUGCCUUUCGAAAGUAUUUGAAAGGCAAGUUAACAAACAGAUCACCGACCAUUUCGAAUCCCACCGUACCUUCUCCGCUAUGCAAUCUGGUUUCCGAGCUGGUCAUGGGUGCACCUCAGCCACGCUCAAGGUCCUAAACGAUAUAAUAACAACAAUCGAUAAAAGACAGUACUGUGCAGCCGUCUUCAUCGACCUGGCCAAGGCUUUUGACUCUGUCAAUCACCGCAUUCUUAUUGGCAGACUAAAUAGCCUUGGUUUCUCAAAUGACUGCCUCGCCUGGUUCACCAAUUACUUCUCAGAUAGAGUUCAAUGUGUCAAAUCGGACGGCCUGUUGUCUGGACCUCUGGCAGUCUAUAUGGGGGACUGGUGACUCUCAGAUCCACCUCUACGCAGACGACACCAUUUUGUAUACAUCUGGCCCUUCACUGGACACUGUGUUAACAAACCCCCAAACGAGCUUCAAUGCCAUACAACACUCCUUCCGUAGCCUCCAACUGCUCUUAAAUGCUAGUAAAACUAAAUGCAUGCUCUUCAAUCGAACGCUGCUUGCACCCACCUGCCCGACUAGAAUCACUACUCUCGGCGGGUCUGACUUAGAAUAUAUGGACAACUACAAAUACCUAGGUGUCUGGUUAGACCGUAAACUCUCCUUCCAGACUCACAUUAAGCAUCUCCAAUCCAAAGUUAAAUCUAGAAACGGCUUCCUAUUUCGCUAAACAAAGCCUCCUUCACUCAUGCUGCUAAACAUGCCCUCGUAAAACUGACUAUCCUACCGAUCCUUGACUUCGGCGAUGUCGUUUACAAAAUAGCUUCCAACACUCUACUCAGCAAAUUGGAUGUAGUCUAUCACAGUGCCAUCCGUUUUGUCACCAAAGCCCCAUAUACUACCCACCAUUGUGACCUGUACGCUCUCGUUGGCUGGCCCUCACUACAUAUUCGUCGCCAAACCCACUGGCUCCAGGUCAUCUAUAAAUCACUUCUAGGCAAAUCCCUGCCUUAUCUUAGAUCAUUAGUCACCAUAGUAACACCCACCCGUAGUAUGCGUUCCAGCAGGUAUAUCUCACUGGUCAUCCCCAAAGCCAACACCUCCUUUGGCCGCCAUUCCUUCCAGUUCUCUGUUGCAAAUGACUGGAACGAACUGCAAAAAUCUCUGACGCUGGAGACACUUAUCUCCCUCACUAACUUUAAGCAUCAGUUGUCAGAGCAGCUUACUGAUCACUGCACCUGUACACAGCCCAUCUGUAAUUAGCCCACCCAACUACCUCAUCCCCAUAUUGAUAUUUACAUUGUUAUUUAUUUUGCUCAUUUGCACCCCAGUAUCUCUAUUUGCACAUCAUCUUCUGCACAUCUAUCACUCCAGUGUUAAUACUAAAUUGUAAUUUUUUUGCACUAUGGCCUAUUUAUUGCCUUACCUCCGUAACUUUCUACAUUUGCACACACUGUAUAUAUAUUUUCUAUUGUGUUAUUGACUGUACGUUUUGUUUAUUCCAUAUGUAACUCUGUGUUGUUGUUGUUUUUAUCGCACUGCUUUGCUUUAUCUUGGCCAGGUCGCAGUUGUAAAUGAGAACUUGUUCUCAACUGGCUUACCUUUUUUAUUUUAUUUUUUACAUGGAGAAGAGAGGAGACAUAAUGCCUUAGCUAAGUUUAAUUUAGAGAGAAACUCAAGUCAUCACCCUGUUAUUUAGGAAUUAUCAAGACUAAAUCAGAGCAGCAUGUUGAUUGAGUAUGAUUUAAAAGUGAUUACAAGCUACAUUGCAUUUUCAAAUCAAAUCAAAUCAAAUUAUAUUGGCCACAUGCGCCGAAUACAACAGGUGCAGACAUUACAGUGAAAUGCUUACUUACAGCCCUUAACCAACAGUGCAUUUAUUUUUAAUAAAAAAGUAAAAUAAAACAACAACAAAAAAGUGUUGAGAAAAAAAGAGCAGAAGUAAAAUAAAAUAACAGUAAGGAGGCUAUAUAUAUAUACAGGGGGGUACCGGUGCAGAGUCAAUGUGCGGGGGCACCGGCUAGUUGAGGUAGUUGAAGUAAUAUGUACACGUGGGUAGAGUUAAAGUGACUAUGCAUAAAUAAUUAACAGAGUAGCAGCAGCGUAAAAAGAUGGGGUGGGGGGGCAGUGCAAAUAGUCCGGGUAGCCAUGAUUAGCUGUUCAAGAGUCUUAUGGCUUGGGGGUAGAAGCUGUUGAGAAGUCUUUUGGACCUAGACUUGGCACUCCGGUACCGCUUGCCGUGCGGUAGCAGAGAGAACAGUCUAUGACUAGGGUGGCUGGAGUCUUUGACAAUUUUGAGGGCCUUCCUCUGACACCGCCUUUUAUAGAGGUCCUGGAUGGCAGGAAGCUUGGCCCCAGUGAUGUCCUGGGCUGUACGUACUACCCUCUGUAGUGCCUUACGGUCGGAGGCCAAGCAGUUGCCAUACCAGGCGGUGAUGCAACCAGUCAGGAUGCUCUCGAUGGUACAGCUGUAUAAUUUUUUGAGGAUCUGAGGACCCAUGCCAAAUCUUUUCAGUCUCCUGAGGGGGAAUAGGCUUUGUCGUGCCCUCUUCACGACUGUCUUGGUGUGUUUGGACCAUGAUAGUUCGUUGGUGAUGUGGACACCAAGGAACUUGAAGCUCUCAACCUGUUCCACUACAGCCCCGUCGAUGAGAAUGGGGGCGUGCUCAGUCCUCUUUUUUUUCCCUGUAGUCCACAAUCAUUUCCUUUGUCUUGGUCACGUUGAGGGAGAGGUUGUUAUCCUGGCACCACACGGCCAGGUCUCUGACCUCCUCCUUAUAGGCUGUCUCAUCGUUGUCGGUGAUCAGGCCUACCACUGUUGUGUCGUCAGCAAACUUAAUGAUGGUGUUGGAGUCGUGCCUGGCCAUGCAGUCAUGGGUGAACAGGGAGUACAGGAGGGGACUGAGCACGCACCCCUGAGGGGCCCCCGUGUUGAGGAUCAGUGUGGCAGAUGUGUUGUUACCUACCCUUACCACCUGGGGGCGGCCUGUCAGGAAGUCCAGUAGUAGUGACGGCUAGUAUUUGAACAUCUUGGAAUGUACAGUGAUAAUCAAUGAAGUAGUGACUCAAUAUGUCGUGAAAAGUUUUGUUUUCAAAUUGUGUGAUCCCAGUUCCUGCCCUGUCUGUGUGUCUCUAUUGACCCCCUCCUCUCUCCCAGGGUUGGGCGGCCAUGCAAGCAGAGGAAGGUAGAGGAGCCGGUGGAGGAGGGGAUAAAGAGUGAG